AACACUACAGUUACGCAUCUCCCGGCAUUGGCUCCUCUCUGCCUCUCCCAGCUGCACACACCUCCUUGCCGGCCCCAUGCCAUGAUCUCCAGACGUCCACUCCGGGCAUCUCAGCUGUUCCUUCAGCAAAUCACCCGUCAGGGUAUGGAGGGGCUGUGGACAGCGGACCCUCAGGGUACUUUCUGCCUUCCACUAACACCCGGCCCAACGGGGCCCCAGCUCUGGAGAGUCCUCGCAUUGAGAUCACCUCGUACCUGGGCCUGCACCACGGCAGUGGCCAGUUUUUCCAUGAUGUGGAAGUGGAGGACGUGCUUCCCAGCUGUAAGCGGUCGCCGUCCACAGCCACACUGCACCUGCCUGGCCUAGAGGCAUACAGAGACCCCUCCUGCCUGAGCCCGGCCAGCAGCCUGUCCUCCCGGAGCUGCAACUCUGAGGCCUCCUCCUAUGAGUCCAACUAUUCGUACCCAUACGCAUCCCCCCAGACGUCCCCGUGGCAGUCGCCCUGCGUGUCACCCAAGACCACAGACCCUGAGGAAGCAUUUCCCCGAGGCCUGGGCGCCUGCCACCUGCUGGGCUCCCCACGGCACUCUCCGUCCACCUCACCCCGAGCAAGUGUCACAGAGGAGAGCUGGUUGGGGGCCCGUGGCUCCCGGCCCACGUCCCCUUGCAACAAGCGCAAAUACAGCCUCAAUGGCCGGCAGCCCUCCUGCUCACCCCAUCAUUCACCCACACCAUCUCCACACGGCUCCCCUAGAGUCAGCGUGACUGAGGACACCUGGCUUGGCAACACCACCCAGUACACCAGCUCUGCCAUCGUGGCGGCCAUCAACGCCCUGACCACCGACAGCAGCCUGGACCUGGGUGAUGGCGUUCCCAUCAAGUCCCGCAAGACAACCCUGGAGCAUGCACCCUCGGUGGCACUCAAGGUGGAGCCGGCUGGGGAGGACCUGGGCACAACCCCACCCACGUCCGACUUCCCGCCUGAGGAUUUCGCCUUCCAGCACUUGAGGAAAGGUGGCUUCUGUGAGCAGUACUUGUCGGUGCCACAGGCCUCUUACCAGUGGGCCAAGCCCAAGUCGCUGUCCCCUGCUUCAUACAUGAGCCCAUCUCUGCCUGCCCUCGACUGGCAGCUGCCAUCCCACUCGGGUCCCUAUGAGCUGCGGAUCGAGGUGCAGCCCAAGUCCCACCACAGGGCUCACUAUGAGACGGAGGGCAGCCGGGGGGCCGUGAAGGCAUCAGCUGGAGGACACCCCAUCGUGCAGCUACAUGGCUACUUGGAAAACGAGCCACUCACGCUACAGCUGUUCAUUGGGACUGCAGACGACCGCUUGCUGCGGCCUCACGCCUUCUACCAGGUGCACCGGAUCACGGGGAAGACCGUCUCCACCACCAGCCACGAGGCCAUCCUGUCUAACACCAAAGUCCUGGAGAUCCCACUGCUGCCAGAAAAUAACAUGCAAGCCAUCAUCGACUGUGCUGGGAUUCUGAAGCUCAGAAACUCUGACAUUGAGUUGAGGAAAGGGGAGACUGACAUCGGGAGGAAGAACACCAGGGUGCGACUGGUAUUCCGAGUCCAUGUCCCUCAGCCCAAUGGCCGGAUGCUGUCCCUCCAAGUGGCCUCGAACCCCAUCGAAUGCUCCCAGCGGUCAGCCCAGGAGCUGCCCCUUGUGGAGAGACAGAGCACUGACAGCUAUCCAGUUGUUGGUGGAAAGAAGAUGAUCCUGUCUGGCCACAACUUCUUGCAAGACUCCAAGGUCAUUUUCGUGGAGAAGGCUCCAGAUGGCCACCACGUCUGGGAGAUGGAAGCAAAAACUGACCGAGACCUGUGCAAGCCAAAUUCCCUGGUGGUUGAGAUCCCACCCUUCCGCAACCAGAGAAUAACCACUCCCGUCCAAGUCAGCUUCUAUGUCUGCAACGGGAAGAGGAAGAGAAGCCAGUACCAGCAUUUCACCUACCUUCCUGCCAAUGUUCCAAUUAUAAAGACAGAACCCACCGAUGACUACGAGCCUGCCCUGACCUGUGGACCAGUGAGCCAGGGACUGAGUCCUCUCCCGAGGCCGUACUACAGCCAGCAGCUCACCAUGCCGCCUGACCCCAGCCCCUGCCUUGUGGCUGGCUUUGCCCCCUGUCCACAGAGGAGCACCAUGAUGUCCACACCUCCCAGCACAAGCCCGAAACUCCACGACCUCUCCUCCGCUGCCUACACCAAGGGCAUCGCCAGCUCAGGCCACGGUGGUCACCUGGGACUUCAGCUGCCGGCUGCAGAGGCUCCCGCCAUGCAGGAAGUCCCCAGACCCAUGGCUGUGCAGCCCAGCUCACCAGAGCAGCCCCCACCCACCCUGCUGCAGCCGCAGGUGAGUCCACAUCUGAGCAGUAGCGGUCCCCUUGGUUGCCAACAAGCACUCUGUCCCAACAGUCCCUCUUCUCCGUCCACUGCCCAUGAGCCAACCUGCUUGCAGCCCUCAGCCCACCCUCCCGCCACCGGCCACCAGCAUCAUCAAGUGCCGAAGGUUCAAAGAAACGAGCCUCCAGCCGCCGGGCCAUUGUCACUGCCAGAGGUGUGUGAGGACAGUAAUCAUAAUUUGGCCCCUAUUCCUGUAACGAUCAAGCGAGAACCUGAAGAGUUGGACCAGUUGUACCUGGAUGAUGGUAAGUGCCUGCAACCCUACAGGUGUGUCCCACCUGGCACCCUAUUCAUGAGCUCACAAAAGAAGGAGGGGUGUGCCAGUUGACUGACUUCAUGGAAGAGUGCGCCAUCAGGCUGAUGAUGUUUGGGUGAGGGACAGUUCUCAUGUAGUGCGACCGACUGUGGUCUUGCCAUGGACUGUGUGGUGCUGUGCCAUGCUGCUUCUGGUCAGCAAGCUGCGUGACAGUGGCCAGUCAUCUAGUGACCUCUGCUCAGGCACUAUUGGCCCAAAUUUGGGACUCCAGAUCUGUUAACAAAAGCUGAGCAAAGACGUGCUCUGCUCAAGUUCAGGAAGUCCCAACAGAGGAGGUCACUCCUGGAGCGUGGCAUGUGGCCUGGCGUUUGUGGUUCAUGCAUCAAGGAGUGUUCUUAGAGAACAAUUUCUUAACAAUGGCCUGACUAGAGGUCGUGACAUUGUACUCCGGGCAGCCAUGUAAAGACAUUUAAAUGUUGUGACAACAGUGUCAGGAGCCUAGGUAAUGGAAGCAAAGAUGGGAAGACCCUCUCUGUGACUCUGAUCAGGGCUGAGGCCUCCUCCCAGGACAGCACCCGGCAUUCUCAGGGCAGAAACACACCUGACUGUGGUAUGUCUGGUCGAGCUAGGCUGCUAGUGGCAGGGCUAACUGGUGCAGAGAUCUCUGUGGCGGUGACAAGUCAUGCCAAUGUGUUUGUGUUUGAGUUACUUUCUUUUUGGCCAUCAUGCUACUCUGGCUGAGUGAUAAGAAGUCCCUCAGCACCUAACUACAGUGGCAGCCAGCCAUGUUACAGGAGGCCCAGCAAUCUGCUCACUGUGUAUGGGUUCAGUUGGUGUUUUCCAGACCUGCUAGGGUUGUUUGUGUGGAUAGCCAUCUUCCCCAGACAUGAGCUCUUUACUAAGCCAGAGUGUAAAGCAGCAAACCUGGAGCAGGUACCCAGCUCUCCCCACCGCCCAGACUCAGGUAGGGUCCAAGAUGGCACCAGGACUUGCUCCCCACCUCUAAGGGAGAGGCUUUGACACCUCCUUUAGCCAGCCUUCCCCAGGUUCAUGUCUGAGAGUUUUAGGUGGCCCUUUGAUUUCAAGGAGACCUUUGGGAGGAGCAUUGAGAAGUGGGCACCGCACCCACAGUGCUCUGCACCUUGUUCUCCUCAAUGACCUGGGUGCAGCGUAGACUGGCCUAUAAAUGAAGAAGCCUUCCCAGCUUCCUGGUGAAAGGUCCAGUGUCAGCCCUGAGUGAUCUUGGGCACAAGGCUCUUAUUCCAAAGUUCCUGCUAAACACUUUCCUACAGAUUCCUAACUGAAGCUUUUGGGGGAGGGUAAGUGAAAAUAUUCUCUCAAAAAACUAUUUAACCCUUGAGCCCAGAACCCCAGAUUCCUUGUCAUCUAUUUCAUCCAGGAAACUCCCUAGGUCUACAAAAAUGGCCAGGAUUGCAGUGAUGGGCCAUGCCUGUCACUCCCUUAGCACGGGGAUUCUGCCUGUGUCCCCAGAGUGUGGCCCUAGUAGAUGCUGGCACUUAUGCCUAUAGAAAUGAACUCUGCUUUGCCUUGGGAAUCCUGCUGUGGUCCUGUGGGAGCUUUGUCACCUGUUAGCAGUAGGUUGGCCUUGCAGAGGCAUCAUGACUGACAACCCACAUCUGGGCAGUGCCCUCUGACCCAGGAUGGGAAGCUGGCCUCAUCCGGGUUUCCACUGCCCCGGAGGUCACAGCUGCCGAGUGACGAGGCUUUGUGAGUGUGGAACACGGGGCAGGGGAGUGUUACAUGUAGGAGGAGGGGAUGUGGCCAGGAAACAACACCGCGGAACUGUGCCAAGCACAGUGCUGGCAGUGUCCCCAGAGGACCACCGUAACACAGGGCAGGGAUGUUGGAGCACUAUAGUGUUAGUGUUGGCCUGUUGGAUCUCACCGUACCUUCCAAGAGCCAGAGUCUCUUGUCAUGAGGUGUAGUGUGACCGAGCUCUCCAAACGCAGAGGAGGAAGCCCGAGGGACCGUCCUGGGCAUGGUGUCUUUUCUGUUUAAUCUCAGUUUGAAUUUGCCACCACCCCAGAGAAGGAGUGUAGAGAGAGAACAGCGACCACAAAAUCUGGGUCAGAAAGUUAAUCUCCGCUCAUCUCAAAUGGCCUUAGACAGAGAAAGGCAAAUCGCCUUCCUGAAUUUGCACGGCAGGGAGAGGUUAAACUUGGAGCAGGACCUACUCUAUUUGUAAAUGAGUGUGCUGAUGGGAAGAUCCUGGUUUCCUCCAACAACCCUUGGCCUAUGUGGGGUCCCCAACUCCAGGCUCCCCAGUAGCUUUCUUCUGGACUAUUUGUCUACAUGCCAUGCCAGCAGGCAGCACAGGCUUCAUCUCCCUCAAUUGCAGAGUCAUGGGUAGAAAGGGACAUACCAGCAACUGGGAGAUCCCUGAGCUGUGGGUGUGGAGAAUAUAACAAGCAGGGGAGGACUCAGCCCAGCCAGCCUUGGACACCAGGCAGUGCCUCCUGUGGCAUCCUCGCCUGCCUGGCAGAAUCAGGUCACCUGCACUGUGUUCCUUUGGUUAAUCACAUCUGCUGGCUCAGACACACAGAGCAGGGUGGCAAGGUGCCUGCCACUGGGCUCCUCAAGUGCCACCAUUCUAAGGCCACCAAGCUGGGAGGAGGUAGGAAGAAAGUAUACCGAAAAUAUAGUGGUUUUUAUUUGUUUUACAUGGGUUUUCAUUUUGCUUUCUGAGAAUGAAGAGUAAAAAGGCAGAACUAAGAUACAAUGUCCAGCUCCAGAGAGUGCAGGGCACACUGGAACAUAAGUUCUCGGCAUGGCGCCCUUGGGAGAUGGGAAGGUAGUGAGACUGUGAGUGAUCUGCAGAGUCGCAUGCUAUCACCUGCGGGGUGGCCCACUUUACUAACACCCAUUUAUAUCAAGGAAUAAUUUAAGUCUCAGAAUGAAGGAGGAAUUCCACCUUUUUAGGACUCUUUGUUUUUCUUCUGCUCUGAAGUUUUACUGCGAAAGUACUUGACCCAUGAAUAAAUUUCCGUGAUAAUUUCUUCUUUGUCCAACCUUCUUCAUAAGAUUAAGUUUUUGUUUCAUCUACUACACCUCUCAAGCAUGACAGGACCAGAAAACCAUGUUUUGAGGAUAUCAGUGCUAUGGACUUCACAUUAUUUUUAAUGUAGGAUUUAAAAAUGGGCCACAGAUCUCCACCUGAGCUGCUUUGUUUUUGUUUCCCUGAACUGCCUACUGUAGAGCUGAAUUGCGUACAAACGACACUCCUCUUCUGGUGGCCGAUCCUUUCUCCAUGGCCCACACAAAUGUUUGCUGCUCCUCCAUUCACACAAGCUCCUAAAACACUGUGAAGCACGUGGAGAUUGUUCCAGUCUUGGUGUGAUGGGGACUCUGAGGCAGAAUCACUGCUUUGCUGAAUGGAGCCCCUCCUUCCAGCUUUGUGACUAAUGUGACUUGCCUCUCUCUGCCGUGGUGUUCCCCCUUCCCCCGUCACCACGACUUCCCCAAGGCCUCUGCCAUAAUCAGGCCUUUCAGCUCCCUCCACAGGCACAGAAGUCUAUACGUCAUUAAGACAAGCAGGUAGACAAGGCAGCCCAAUCGUGUCUGCCUGGCUGGGCUGAGUUUCUUUCUGCUCACCCUCCCCUCCUUUCCUGAGCUUAAGCUGCUCUGGGAGAAAAGAUUCCCUCAUGGAAAGCUUUGCUAACCUGGCAGGGUGCCCAAGUCUGAGCCUCCCCAUUGCUAACGAUGAUUGCAAGAGCCAUCAAACAUGCCGAGCCGGGAAUACUGUGGACAGAGGCUACCACAUGACGGAUAGAAGAAAGAAUUCAGCUGUGUGAAAAACUCACGGGGGUCAGUCCUUCUUGCACCGGGGUGUCUGCAUGGGAGUCGAGAGGCAUAAAAGUCACACCACGCGCCACCCAGGAUGGAGACUGCUGUAGGCGGGCGGAGCUGCAGCAGGCUGCAUAAGUAGCUCUCUGGAGACCCCGAGGGGAGGAUCUCCCAACAGACGUGAGUUCACCAGGCCCAGGCCUGUAGCCUCCGCACAGUGGAGCCGAGCCUCUGAUUACUCACUCUGUGAUGAGGGGCCUUGUACAAAGGUCCACAGCAAGCUGUUUCCAACCCAGUGCAUCAGGCAGACACAUGGACGUGGGCUUAAAUAUUCUGGGUUUUGCAGAGAUGUUCGGAAACACCCCGUAGAUCCAGCCCAAGAGCAAAAGCAGGGCCUAUGGGGAGAGGCAGGGCUGGCGCGGCCUUCUGCUGUCUGGACGUUUGUAUUUGCGUGGUGAGAGCCUAUGGCUGCUGGACUCUGGGCAGCAGCAAGCAGCAUUCUGCCCCUUCAGUGAAGGCGGACAUGGACAGGUGACUGCACUGGCCGCUGAGUCAGGCUCUUUAAAUAGGGUGCAUGUUUGGCCACCGUGGGUGUGCACUGGUGCUGCAGCAGGCUGUCGGCCAUGUAACCUGAGGGCCAUGACAGGAGUGUCUGUCCUUUCUACAUGGCAGGGCAGACAGGAGGAGGGCUGCUCCCGCUGGCCAGGCAGGGCUCGGGGCCACUGGAGCAGAGGGUCUGGUGGGUUCUGGGCACGGUUUCUCAUCUCCUGAGGUGGAUGUUAAACAUGGAAUUCUAUGAAUUACACUGUGCUGUUUUUGUUUGUUUGGUGGUGGUGCUGGGGUUUGAA